AUUUGAUUCAAGUUGUUUGGCGUCGUUCCAAUCGAAUAUCGCUUUCACUUUGAGAUGUAAUAUAAUUUACUUAAUUUUACAUAUAAACUUUUUCUAAAGAAAGAAAAGGAAAAUGUUAUAAAAAUAUCUCACAGUAAAGCUGAUAAAUAACAGAUUUAAAGAAAAAACAUGUAAUAUUAAAGAAUUAUUUUACUGUCUCAUCCCUGUACACUUCCCGCCAAGUUCGCCAUUGUGCGCGCCGCGGAGUGGUUGUCCCGUGGAGGAGUCUCGGCGUGUAUUCUCGACAAAUAUACGUCUAAUUCUGUCUAAUUCUUUUUAUUAACGAUUUGUGUGCAACCUACGACGACGACAGCGAUUUAAUAAAGUGACAAGGUUGUCGGAUUCCUGUACCUCUGGUGCGGGUCCGCAAAAAAUUAGGUCUAAAAAAUAGUGCUUCUGUGUGCGGUACAAUAGGCAAGAUAUGUCAAUGUUUCAUGGUGGUGACGACGAUCGAAUUCUACUAGAGGAAAUUGUGGAAACAUCUGAAGAGCAAGAGGAAUUCUGUUGUAAGAGUGAAAUUGUGGAUGAGUUGUGCUUGCUAAGUGCUGAAGGUGUUGACGAAAAACAACAAAAAUCACAAAAGGAUAUUAGUGCGACUGCAGCCGCCUGUCGAAACAACGUUUUAUUAAACGGUGCUGCAGGUAGCGUAAGCAGAGAUUCAUCACACGGUCACAUGGAGCAAGAAAGGCGAAUGCGGCGAGAAAUCGCUAACAGCAAUGAACGUAGACGUAUGCAGAGCAUCAAUGCUGGUUUUCAGUCUCUUAGAACAUUGUUGCCACAUCACGAGGGAGAAAAAUUAUCAAAGGCUGCAAUUCUUCAACAAACCGCUGAAUAUAUUUACCAACUAGAACAAGAAAAAACUCAACUGCUGUCUCAAAAUUGUCAGUUAAAACGACUGAUAAAUCAACAUGAAGGCGGAGAUGUUCCAAUAAAAAAACGCAAAACUGAGAAUCAAGGAGUUGUCGUAGGCAUACCACCCACGGCCCAACAUCUUAACGAUGAUGAGGGGUUAGGUAGUAUGUCACCAGAACCUUUAUCUGCGGUAACAGCAGCGGCAUUGAUUACUGUGGAUCACCCUCAUUCAAGUAGUAACGAAAUAAUUGAACUCAGGCGACAACUAGAAAGAGAGCGUCAAGCAAGGCAUCAUUUAGAAAAACAAUUGAGGACAAUCCAAAAUCAGUCCAUGUUUACAACUGCUGCUACUACAACGACAGAUAGGUUUAGAGUUGACAAUCAACUCAUUGCUUACCAACCUCAUGAGGUUAUUGAACACACAGAUAACUUAAUGCAAGUGGAAACCGAAGAACAAGAGGAGGAGGAGGAGGAAGAAGUAGAAGAGGAAGAAGAGGAAGAAGAAACGACUGAAAUAGCUUCAUUGCAAGUAGUAUCUUUGGUAUCUUUACCACCUGUAGGAUCGACACAAACAGUCGAAACUACUAUUCCGGAAUUAAGUUCGCCACCUCUAUCACCACAACCGGUGGAAGUAGUAGCAGAAGAGAUUAAAGAGGAAGAAGAAGUAGAAGAUGAGGAAGAAGAAGAAGAAGAGGAAGAAGUAGAAGAGUUAGUGGAAGAUUCUGAGACAAGUAUCCCAAAAACGGUUACCUUCACGAGUCAGAUUUUCCCAUCAGUUGCAGUUGAAGAGCAACAACAACAGCAAACAGAGUGUGCAUUUUCGCCUUCACAUGUAACAUCAUAUGGCUGCACAGAAUCAACGAGUAAUUCAUCUCAGUAUAUUACUGGCAGUCCUACUAGACCCUAUUCUCCUGAGGAAGAUAUUCAACAGCGACUACCAAGUGUGUUGGAAGCUGCUAUGAAGGCUGAGCCUAAAGUUGAAGUUGAAAGGUUACCAUCUCCAGCCAGUUCCUUGGAUGAUGGAACGCCUCAAGCACGACUAUAUUUAGCAAACACUUCCAGACAAAAUCUUGAAACUAUUGUAGAAGCAAUCCGUCAUCUGGAAGGAGACCAUUUAUUUAGUGAUGAACCUGCUCAAGAUGUUCCAUUAGCCCUAACGAACAAACCACUCACUACUACAACAGCGUCAUCGAAGCAGCGAUUAGUAACUAACUUUCUUCAAUUCCAACAACAGCAACAAGCUCAACAACGACCAGGUGUCAUUGUCGUUAAACAUUCGUGAUCAUCAAUUGCCUCACGUCCAAAACAAUAAUUAAGUGACAAGGUUAUAAUAAUUGCAAACCCUGUGUGUGACUUGGUUUAAGAAAUUUCUAUUAGCAACCUUGGAUUUUGAAGCUUUAAUUUUCUUACUUUAAAUCAUGACUUAUAAAGACAAUGAUUAUAAUAAUAUUAGAGAAAAAUUUGACAUAGAAAAGAUGGAAGUAAAAAACGGUAAUAACGAAAAUUACAAAAGAAAAUCACAUUUAUACUAUAUAUUUCCUCUUUUAUUUUAAAAGUUUAAUUUUAAAGAAUCUCGUCAAGAAAAAUUGUUUUUAUUUUUUGUUAAGUGCAUUUUACAGUGUCUGAAUAAAUAUAAAAUUAAAUGCAAAAAAAUUGAAACAUUUCCAAUAAUAAACCGAAAGAAUAGCUGAUAAUAAAGAAUGUGCUUGAUUAAUCGUGUUGCUGUCGUAUAAAUUUGACUAUAACAGAGACAAAAAAUAAUAAUAUUUCUAGCUUGUAAGACAACGUAUACUGUAUUAUAAUUACGUUUUCUUUUUUACCUUGUUAUAAAAGUAAUCUUAACUAUUUCAGAGUAUAUUGAAAAGGUGUGAGAGUAGUAAUAGAGUGUGAAUGAGAGAUACGUAUUUCAGUUGAAUGCUACUAUUGCUAUUUUAUAUAAAUACAUAUUAGAAAGGGAAAACGAGUUCUUUAAUCAAAACACAUUUAUAAUAAUAUUUGACACACUCACACACACAAACAAACACACGCACACACAUUGUUGCUUUUGAAAUGCUUCUUGAUUUAAUUUUGUUAUAUAUAUAUCAUUGUUUAUUUUUCGCUAAUUAUUUCUAACAUUGAAUAGCAUUUCAUUAAGGCAUAUUUUAUUUUGUGUGGCAAAUUACAGUGUGUGAACGAGAAAUAUUUUUGUUAAUUUUUUUUUAUCGGAAACUAGUCAAACAAGCGGUCGCGAUACCUCUUUCAGUCUUUAAAUAUGCAUAAAUAGGAUUAAAACAAAGAAAACUAUAAAUACGACGUUUCAAAAUUUAAUAUGCCAAACAGAUGCGUUAUAAAGAAAACCAUUGCUUUUAAUCCUUGUUCAAUCAAAUAAUGUGUUUUCAAUAUUUACCCUUCUCCAUAUUCUAAUCAAAUCAUCAACGCCGUCGUCGUUUUAUUAAUAGCCAUCGCGAAAGAACCCAGUGACAAAUGCUACUUAAUUAUAUAUCAAUGCAUUUAAAGAUAAAAUAACUUACGAGUGAGAGUAACUUGUAUAAAUUUUAGUGAUACAGUACGUCAUUUAAAAUGUAUAAAAGUAUAAAUGAUAUAUUAUAAGUAACAUAUGUAUAAUUCAUAAUAGAGCAUGAAUGUGUGCAAUUGAAAAACAGUUUUGCAAUACUAAAAAGGUAUAUACAAACUGAUUAAAACUAUCAUAAAAAGAAUUAUAAAUUGCAACUGAAAACUAAAUUACUUAAAAUCUUAUCGCGCUUUCGAUACAAAUUAAUAUGUAUAUACAUAAUAUAUAACCCUUUAAGUUUAAAAAUUAUAAAACUAUUUAUUUGUGAUAAUUCCAUAUUAAAGACUUGUAUCUACCAUCCUUUGAUAUGUUCUUUAUUAUAUAUAAUAAUAAUGAACAGGCUUACAAAAAGCUUACAAAGCGCAAUGCAAUUAUUUUACAAUAAAUUGCAACUUAAUAGGAGUGGUUGUGAUUCGACGCAAAUAAUAAAUGCUGUAAAAAAAUUUCUAUUUACUUAACUGUAUAUAACAAAACUACAUACAUAUAUACAUACAUUUAGACAAGUACUAUUAAUUCUACUUAAAUAAAUGCCUUAGACGAUAAAAUUCUACAUAUUAGACUAAAUGAAUUAUCAUUUUUUUCUUCAUUCUACACGGCUAAAUACGUAAUACAGUUCAAUUCAAAGGAAUAACGUUAAAUUUUAAAAAUAAUUAAAGUAAAAUGCAUUACAAUUAAUAACUUUUGUUUAAUUAGUUUUCUUGUAUACAAUUAUUUGUAUAAAAUUUUUUAUGCACAAAUUAUUUGCGCAGAAUCAUUACGAACUUUUAUUAACAUUAUUACUAUUAUGUUUAAUAUUCUCCAGGAAAUAUUAUUACUAUUAUUAUUCGUAUAUUAUUAUUAUUAUUAUUAUUAUUAUUAUUAUUCUAUUCAUGGUUGAUUUUCAUUGACCCUUUAUUUAAUAUAAGUAUGUAGUUGUGACAUUGAUGGGAUUAGCGUGAGGAUCGUACAAAAAGAGAGAUUUUUCCUUAAAAAAAAAUGUCAUCCAUAUUUGGCAGAUAAUAUGUGUACAGAAUAAAAACUCAUUUUUGGUACAGAAAAGAAGAAUGAAUGAAAGAUUGUUAUUAUAAAUAGCAAUAAAUUUUGGUUAUUUAUUUUAUGAAAUUUUGAAGAAAACUCUUAGUUGGACGGACGUGACAGUAACGGAUAGUGUAGUGAGAGGGUUGGACUUUUAUUUAAAAAUAAGAAAAAAAUUAUGUUGGUGCUUUAUUGUAAGGGUUUUUAUAUAAAUAUAAAAUUUGUUUACUGUUUAUUUUCAAAAUAUAAACGUCAUAAACAAAGGCUAUCACAUGAGCUGAAAUUGUCGACAAUUACAAAAAAAAUCAUUUUUUUACAUGACUCUCACACUAAUCCAAUCAACACCAUAACUAUAUAACUAUUACAUUGAAUAAAAAAUUUAUUUCAUUCAAAUAAUCGGUUAUUUGACUAUUAUCAAAUAAAUAUUUCCUUGAAUCAAAUAUUUUUUAUUUGAAUCGAAUAAAUUUUUUUUCAGUGUAUUAUUAUUAUUAUUAUUAUUAUUAUUAUUAUUAUUAUUAUUAUUAAUAUUAUUUUUAUUAUUAUUAUAUUAUUCGGUGCGAGCGAUAUUAGUAUCUUGGCGAUAUAAAUUCAAGUUCAUCAAGGCCUAAAAAUUUGUAAAAAAUAUUAAUAAUUUAAUUUAAAUCCAAAAGUGAUCAUUAUUAUUAUAUUAAUUUAAAAAAUAACUUUCAAACUAUAUAGUACACAAGAAGAAAACGAUUAAAUCGGUUUUCUAAAUGACUAUAUUAUUGACAUUAUUCUCGAUAGAUGAGUGACUUUCAGAUUAGUUAUAAACUGAACACAGUCCGUUAAUAAAAUAAUGUAUAAAAUAGUGUGUGUAUGUGUUUGUAAGUCUUCAAAAUUAUUGCGCGUGCUGUAUACGAAAUUGUAAAAAGUGAACAAGCGCAUUUAAAAAUCUUGCGUCUUCAAAACUAUACAUAUAUAAAGACACUGGAAUUUUGUGAUUCGAUAACCACUAUCUUGUUUUUCUAAAUAUAAUUUUACCUUUUAAAAA